AUGCACCCGAUUCUCUACUGGGCCACUGCGGCAGUAGCUUCUUGGGUUGCUUUCUGGCUUGUGGUCUACUACCUCUUUGGAGGCUGGUUGGGCUACAUCUCCAUCAAUAAUGGUAUAUCCUUCAACCACAUACGGCUCAAGACGAGGAAAGUCGACCUCUCGGCGAAUACCGUGCGUUUCAGGCUCUGGGGAAACUCCAAAAGGAUCAUUGUUUCAGAUCUACGGGCUGAAAUCCUCCCGAGUAGCAGCCCUAGAAAGAGCAAGCCUAAGGGGUCAACCAGCUCGUCCGAAAGCAGUCCGGACCCCAUUUCCAUCCUCCCGAGAUACUUCAGAUGGCUCUUCCGUUUCCUCCUAUGGCACCUUCCUUCGGUUGCUAUCGAAUUGAAACUGUCCCAAUUGGUGCUCUCCAAGGAUACCGUGGACUUGGAUUCCCUUCUAUUCGUCUUGAGGAGGAAGAAGGCCCCUAAUAGAAAAGACUUUCUCCGGUUGAUCUUGGAGGUCUCGGGCCACAGCAUCUUCUCCUCGCCAACAUCAGCAUCUUCCUUGGUGCCUCCAUUGUCCAUUGGCACCUUUAACAUCACCAGCAAGACCAUUGUUGACACAUCCAGUGGUAUCUUGAGCAACUCCGUGAUGCAAUUCUACUUGGACAACUCAGAAAUUGGUGCUUUCCAAAUCUUGAGACACCUUUUCCAGGAGGUCACCGAAAGUCCACAUCCACCCCCUCCGAAGCAGCAGUCAGAACCAAAGGAGGCCCAGCUACAAGAGCUUGUGGACAAGCUUUCCAGAACAUACCAGAAAAUCUCCGGCUUGGUCAAGGAGGUUUCCCUCAAUAUCUGCAAUUCCCGUGUUUUGGGUAUUCCUUGCAUUCCAACUUCCUCCACCUGUGACUUAGACGAGUACUUCUCCCAUGUUGAUCCACCCACAUCAUUCUCCGUUUCCGUCAAGUCUGUUGCUGUCCAGGCCACGCUUCUCACAGACAAUGCUGCUGGCUUCAUGGCCUUGUUCAACAACAAAAGCGAUCGACCAUUGCAUCUCACAGCCUCUGUGGUUUUGCUUCAGCUGUUCUUCGUAACACGCAAGUACGACAAAUCCGCAGACCUCUGGCACUCGGAAAUCGACGAAUUCCUCAACAUACCCAAUCUCAGUUGCACCCUCAAGACGAAUUUCCUUGACCACUUGGCCAGAGGGUUAGGUUUCAAGGACUGCUCAAUGGAAUUCUAUUCAUCCGUCAGUAACCCAAUUGUGGAUCUCAGUGUGAGCCAAAUUUCAUUACUUUCAUACAACCGUGUCUUGGCCAAGAAGGUGAUGAUUCUCAGGAAGUUGAAGAAGAAGCAGCAUGAACCCUCUCACUCCCGAAAACAAUCCAAGUCAGAGAACGAAACUGAUGAUGACAAUAAAUCCACUACAGAGUCUCCAGAAACACCCGUCGCUCACAAGUUCGAUGGUCUAUACAAGGCUCACCAGGCUCCACCAACAACAUUACUCGAUAAAGCUGUGAGCUUACUAAACGAAUACUACCCGCAAAUCGGUGUCAAGUGUGCAAUCGAACAACCACAAUAUGUCGUUCGUUUGGACGGAGAGGAAGUGAAACUAAUUGACAUUUCCUAUUCUUUGAUGUACUUCCAUUUGCUCACGACUCCUAAUAAUGAUUACGACGCUAAAUGUCAUGUGCUCCAUCCAUGUCUCAAAUAUUCACAGAAGAUCGAUGUUCCUGAAGGUGACGAAAACCCUCGACUCAGCGAAGAGGUUAUUGGCUGCAAUAACGCCGAGCUCCUGUUCCAUGUUCUCAAGAACCUUCGUUGGAAGGUGUCUGCAUUGGCAGAAAACGCGUUCAUCAAUUUAGCCAAACCUGACGUUCUCAACGGUAUCAACGAAAUUGUUUCCAGAAUGACAAAGAUCUCGUUUGAGAACCUCGAGAAUGGUUCAGUGAACCAGUUCUUCAACAAGCGUCUUUUAGAAGAUUUUGGAGCUGAACCAUCAAAACCUUCUCUGCUGUCUCAUCAUCACCACAGUCACAAACAGUCUUCCAUUGACAAGCUCUACAAAAAUCUUCCAUCAUGGUUUGUUUCCGCAGAUGUCGAACUUAAGGGCCUCAAGGCUGUGCUUGGUUCUACAUCUCCACUUCUACCACCGGAGUUGAUUGCUGAGCUUUCAAAGAAAUCAGAGGCUCUCAUGUGUGACUCUGACCAGCUCAUAGAGCUCAAGAUCGAACAUCAUUCCAUCAACAUAAUCAACGAUCAAGAUGCUGAAGCUCAUGCUUAUACAGAUGAGAACAACUCAGACUCACUGGAAACUCUAGCAUUCGAAGAUCUGAACUUGAUGUACUGGAAGGUUCUGGCUGGCCUCAAAAACUUCCAGCUUUUUGCUAAGAGGAGGAAGACCAAGGACACCCCAUUGCUUACUCUUGACAAUAUUGAGACAUCGUUGUCUGCAAUUAACCGUGAUGAAGUCAAUGAAUUGGUGCUCGACAACAACAUCGGAGAGAUUGGCGGUACUAUUGACAGGACCAAGGUGUUCACAGUUCUUGGUCUGAUUCAUUUGAUCUUGCAAACUAUUGUUAUUCCGGUCAAGAAUGUAAGAUCUCAAAUCAACAAGGAUUUGGAGAAGUUUGAGAGGUACGAGAGACGUCAAAGUGUUUCUGAAGGAUCCAAGAAGGUGACUGUUCUGUUGAACCUCAAGAAGAUCAACUACAUUGCUAAUCUUUCUGACGAGUUCAAGCUUCGUCUUCAAGCAUUCGAUAUGAAUGUCGUCUCGAGAAACAAGGUGACAAACAUCAAUCUCUUUUUCGUGAGACUUCUUGCGGAUUCACCUAGAUUCAAGAACAUGUGGUGCAGACUUGGUUGUGUCGAUUCUGUCGAUAUCAAGUUGAACGAUCCCAAUGAGGCAGAAAAGAUUGCGAUAUCCGCAUCUCAUCUUCGCUUUUUCCAGCCUGAUGGGUUUGUGGCAUACAAGCUUUUCGACAAUAUCUCCAUCUUCCUCAAGAUCAUCAAGCACCUCGUCAAAUGUCUCAAGGCUUCUGAGAAAACAACCAUCAUCUAUCCAAACGAGUCGCCUCCACUUAAGGUACCCAACAUCAGAUUCAAUGCAACCAAUGUUAGUUACAUGAUGGAGGAUGAUCCAUUCGAAACCGAACUUGGAUACCAAUUCCAAUUGGGCCUUGUGGAGCAAAGGAAGCGUAUGGACAUGCUUUCAGCUUUUGAGGAGGAAGUGAAGCAAACAGGCAUUGACGAGGAUGAAUUUGACGUUCGCCUUCAACAGAUGCGUAUAACACUCUCGGAUCUGUGGAUUAGAAAGGUAAACAUGUACAAGGAAACUGUGGCAAAGGAGUUGAAGGAUCAUGGCAAGUACAAUAUCGGUAACGAACUCGAGCUUGCUGACAGUGAAAACCACAAAAUUGUUUCCUACAACAUUGCACCUCCAUUAUUAAAGAUCAUCAUGGCAGACCUCGACAUUCUCAUUAGCUCUACCCAAUUCUCUUUGGACGAGCUUCCUCAGUAUAUUCAUGAUGUUGGACAGGGAGUGCCCCUUGACACGACUUACAAUCUUAUGCUUCCAACUUACAUCGACAUGUGUGUCAACGAAUUGAGAAUUCACUUAAGAGACUAUCCUUUGCCAUUGCUUCACUUACCUAGAGCCAAAGAUUCUCAAGGCAGAGGACGAGCCCUUAUGAUGAAGGGCCACUUGGUGAUUGGUGAAGCUCUUUGUCUUGAGAAGGAACAUUUGAGACAGAUGGAAGUCCAGCUUAGAGGCCCUUCAGAAGACUCCAAUGACGAACUCCACAAGUAUGACCAUCUUACCAUCAACAAGUCGCUCACUUCUGUGAAGAUCUUUACCGAUAUGGAUGUUCAGUUUGACUCAAAUGCGCCAUGUCGUUUCGUUUGGGGGCAAGCCUAUCAAUUCGGUAUUCAGCAGGUCAUGCUUAAUUUCGAUUCCUUCUCUAAACCACCGGUUGAUCCAUCGAACAAACUCGGUUUCUGGGACAAGUUGCGUAUGCUUCUUCAUGGUAGGUUUUCCAUCAGAGCAGAAGGUUCGACUCAGGUUGAAGUGGCCUUCAAAGGUGGAAGAGAUCCAUAUGACCUUUUCCCUGAAGCCGCUGGUUUCAUCCUCUCGUUUCAGGACCAAGUCAAUUGGAGAAUUAAUCACGAAGACAAUUCACUCAAGUUCUUUGAUAUCCUGGCUCAGAGGGUAUCUUGGUAUAUUCCUAACUACCUUGCCGCUCCACUUAUGGCUUGGACUAGAGACAGUUCAGACUCUGUUUUCCUCCCUGAUUACCAUAGGAUGACAAACACGAUUCAUGCCUACUAUUUGCUCAGAACCCCUCCUCAUUCUACUGCUGAAAAUGCCACCAACCCUGACAUCAACAUUGAGGAGAAGAUGGCAAUUGAGUUAAGUGGUGGUAUCAGAUACAUCGUUGGAUUCCUUUUACAGAGAAACAAACCUGAAGGGGGUGUCACAAACGACUGUAUUCCUCACUACGACAUCAUUCCUUAUAAUCCAGAAUUCUGCUCCGAAGACCAUGAUACCUACAAGGGAUUCAGGAGUUCCAGACUUCACAUGACGAUGUCUUUAGCUGCUCACACUGAGGACAGUUACAAUACUAUUCAUUUGAGUCCUGGAGCGUUCAAUAUAUUCUUUAAGUGGUGGAAGAUGUUCCAGGGUAAUAUGAUGCUUCCAAUCAGAAGAGGCAUUGUGUUCGGAGAGAAGAAGGCAAGUCCUAAAUUCUCACAACAUCUUUUCACAAAUAAGUUCUUGUUCCAGAUCCGAAACCUUUUCAUCAGUCACAUCUACAGAGAGGAGUAUUUCAAAAAGGAUGAUGACUUCAUUGAGUGCUUUGGUUUGAGAGCCAGAGUCAAGGACUUUGUCGUCGAUUUGCAUCAACAGAAGGAGGAGCGUAUCUCAUUGCAUAAACCUUCUGGUAAGGAAAUCAAAACUCUUAAGAUGAUCAUGAAACUAGGUGAAGUCAGUCUUUCCGAAAUUGAUAUGCGCCUGGUUCGUGCUAAAAUCUUCAGAGACACCUACCACUCGGAGGACUUGGGUAAGAAGGGUUGCAAGAUGAAGAUUUUCGACAACAACAAACAGUGGUUUGAUCCAAGAGACUUCCAUGAGGCAUUCAAGUCCAACAAGAAUGAGAAAUUCAGCUUGGUGGAGGUCUUGCCGAUGGCUUACUCAGAGAGAUUUUCUUACAUCAGGGAUACCACUGAUAUGACUGGUGGAAAUAAGGACUCGGCGGAAGAGAGUCACGAUUGUAAGUUGAACACUAACGAUAUCCAUAGUGCUCAGAUUAAUGUUGCAAAGAGACGACUCACCGAUUUGGAGGAGCUUCACGAGAAAGAAACAAGCCCGGACAUUGAGAGACGUAUCAGUGCUUUGAAGGUCUUCAUGAGAGGCUUUGCUAACGAAAGGAAGAAGAAUGAAAGAAGAGCUAGUCAGCAAAGUGCCUUCAACCGAAAGGAGCAUUUCCAUAACCGUUUCGUGGUCACAUCGAUGUUGUUCAAGUGGAAUGUGAAAGUUCGUGAUGUGUUCACCAAGUACUUGCUUUUUGCUCAGAUCAACUCCAAGUCCAGAAAGUUCUUAUCUUACGAGUUUGUCAGUAUGCUCGAAGGCUUGAUCAACAAACAAGACUCUCAGUCUGACCGCUUUUCUGUGGCAUCCUCGUCAGUUUAUGAGGACAAUGCAAGAGGAAGAAAGCUCAGUCAUACCUCGAUGAAGAUGGGCAGUUCGCAAGAACGUCUUGACAAUUUCGAUGCUAUUUUGAGAGAAGUUACUGGUGACGAGAGAAUUGCUGAGGACUACAAGAUCGAAGUGAUUGGGGUUCAGAUUCAAUUACACACCGAGCAAGUCAUUGAUACUGUUUCAAUUAUCUCAGCGCCUUUAUUGGAGCUGAAGAUUGUCUCGGUUCUUCCAAAGAGCGACAAUCCUUUGGUCAUCAAUACCACUGUGCCUGAAAAGAGAUAUGGUGCCAUGCUUCACGACGCCAGUGUUACCAUCCUUGAAAAGAAGACCGUUAAACAUGGCCAUCCUAUCCUUGAUUUGAAACCAUGGGGAAGCAAGGCUAACUGGCCACCAUGGCUUGGUAUUGAGACUUGCAGAGACAGCUCAUUCGUUGAACCAACUUUGAUGCCAAUUGAGCGUAUGUCUGUGAUGUUGACUUACGAUCAGGUCAAUGCACUGGCGAGCGAUUUGGAGCAUCAAGAUGACAAUAAUGAAAUUGCUUCUCGAAAUGAAACACUCAGUGAUCUGUCGUCGUCAGCGAAGAACAAGCUUAGAGUUGAUAUACCGAAGGUCAGUAUCACUUCCACCUCCAAACAAUACCUUGCACUUUACGCUACAGCACUCAAUUUGAUUCACUACUCCGACCCGCUUAUGAAUGAAAUUAAGGACAAACUACUGAAACUCAAUUUCCAGACUGAGUUCGAGGAUUACAGAGCCAUGCAUAACCGUUUGACCAGUCUUCACACUUAUAUGAUGACGCUCAAUGUUUUGCUGAGAGGAUACGGUUACAGGCACGAGUAUCUCAAUAACGAGGAGCUCAAUUCCUUCCUUUUCAUUAAUUCUGAGAUUGACGAUACCAACUUUGAGAUUCUAUUUACAGUCGAAGCACUCUUCAUGCGUGAUGCAUUUGCCGAUUCUUCCAAACUGACCGUCGCAGACUGGAUCAUUGGAACGGAUGAAGUCACUUUGCACAUGUUGCAAGACGACAGAAAGCCAAUUCUUGACUUGAGAGUUGAAGGCGGCACUUGCAAGAGAGUUUUGAUGGAAGAUGGUUCGAACGAUAACAGAAUCCAGAUCAGAGACAUUCAGGGCAACAACUUGGUGAAGGGCGCUCCAUACAAGAGGUUUGUCGAGUCGGUGUAUCCACCUGACGACGAGAACCUCAUUGUCGUUGACUGGUCGAUGCAAAAACCAGUUGGAGGAAUCAAGAUCAUUGAGAACUUUGAGAUCAACUCUAGACCCUUGAAGAUUCGCUUUGAUGAAGUUACUGGACGGCAAUUGAUGCGAUUCAUCUUCCAAACGGAUCAGGAGAACGAGAUCGAAAAUAGUACUCUCAUCAAGAUGAACAACGACAUGAAGGAGAUUGAUGAGCAGGACAAGCCCGACGGUGAUGAUGAUUCCAAGAAGAAGAAGAGACAGAAGGAGAAGCUUAAGCUGGGCGAAGAAGAGGAAGAAGAAGAAGAAGAAGAAGAGGACGAUUUAUCUGAUCAAGCUUCAUUGACAAGUACAACCGCUAUCUCCAACCGAGAUCUGAAGAAUUUCGAUGCACGCUCGAAAUCUGUCAAGAAGAAGAGCUCGUUGAAGGAUUCUUCCUUCUCCAGUGGAGAUGAAGGUGAUUUUGAGGAGGAUGUCGCCAAAAUGAUUGAAAGGUCGAAGAAAUACUUCAGUGUUACCAACAUGAACUUCCGUCCUUUCGAGGUGAUGAUCUCGUUGAAACUCAAGUCUGGCUUCAAGCGGGUUUUGAAUGUCACAGAUUUCCAGCUUGAGCUUCCUGGUUUCCACGUUGAGAAGGAGCUUCUCUCCAUGCUUGACGUCGUGGAUAUGAUGAAGAAGAUGUUGACAAAGUCGCUUCUUUCACACAGUGGGCAGCAGCCGUCGCAACAAAAAGAAGGAUCGCUACGAAGAAGUGGUCGGCACGGCUAA